AUGGCUAGGAAUGGUAUGAGUGCCACAUUGCAAAGGCCACUAUAUGCUUCCCCGUUGGCUGAGUUUAUUCUCCAAACUGAGGCACCUAGAGGAAUGAAAGUGCCUAAGUACACUAAGUUUGGAGGAGAAUCUGGUGAGUCGAUAACAAAGCAUAUUGCCAGAUAUCUAACAGAGUCAAGAGAUUUAGUUCAUAAUGAGUGUUUGAGAAUGGCUGUUGGGGGGUUAGAUUAUUCCAUUAGGAAGAAAAUAGACCCAAAUUUUGUGAAGAGUAUGUCACAAUUGGCUGAUAGAGUUCGACAUCUCGAAAGGCUAAGGUUAGAAAAGGUUAGACACAAUAAGGCCAAGAAAGAGAAAGUAGCGUUUGUCGACUAUGACGCGACAAAUCCAAUAUAUGAGGCUGAUUAUGCCUCAUCGACUGAAUUAGAAAUUGACUUGGCUGAGUUAAAGCCAGGAUCUGCCUAUGAGUGUCGAUCAUUACUUCCUGCGCAAGGAAAAAAUCCUAUCGAAAACAAUCCAAAAUUCCUUUCGAAAACUUAUACUUUUGAUGUGACAAAAAUGUGA